AUGCCUGUAAUAUUCUCCUCUAAUAAUAAUGAAGAUACAAAUAUAUACUCAACACCUACACUAACCCCCGUAUACAGAAUUCGUCGUGAUUCUCAUCCAGAAUCUUCCAAAAACAGUCCUAAAUUUAUUCAAAAAUCCUCACAAAAUAUUUCUAUGCAGCACCCACAAUUUCACGAUUCUACCCCUUCUUGUUCUACAAUAUCAUCUAAUGUGGUAGUUGAAGGUGCGGCUGUAUGUGCUGUUUGUGGAGAUACGAACCCUGACAGGUUUAAAUUUACUAAAUAUAAAAUCAGUUUAAUUAAUCUAGGCAAUUAUCGUUAUAUUUGCCGAUUUGGAAAUAAAUGCAUCGUUAAUAAAUUCCAAAGAAAUAGUUGUCGGUGUUGUCGAUUUAAUAGGUGUAUUGAAGUUGGGAUGGAUCCAAAAGCUGUACGGCCGGAUAGAGAUUUGACGGGAAAACAGCGAGUACCUCGCGUUCGUAAAAGACCCAUUGGGGAAGAAUUAAUUGGACAUAUGAUGAGACUCCACCAAAAUAAUGACUGGACUCGCAAAUUACCUUCGGAAUCUAGACUGUUAUUAAUGCAAUUAAUGAAUAUUGAAUUAAAUGUAACCAAAGGAGAUGAAAACAAUGGAGAUACACUUCUUAAUCCUUCAUCUUCACAAUUAGCUAAUCCAACUGAUGAUAUUCAUCAAAACAAUAAUGAUAAUCCUUUAAAGAACGUUUCAUUAAGAGAACUCUUUGAAAAUAGACCAGCUAGUGCUAAAAGAACUCAAAUGUGUUAUGAACCCUCAAGAAUGGCCAAACCAGAGGAGCUUUCAAAAAUUGCUCAUCGAGGUGCGAUUGCCGCUGUUGAUUGGGUAGAAUCGUUAAUGGAAUUGGUCAUUGACUCAGUUAAUAUAAAUACUUCGGAUAAGGCAAAGAUUAAUUUUAAUAAGCUUUGAUAUAUUUUUUUAACAUUUA